AAGGGGGCCCAUUACGACACAAAAUUUAGGCCCAACUAGUCUCACGCUUUCGCUAAAACCCUAAAUACCAUCCCUCCCUGCUCCCUUGCUCGGUUCUCUCCCGUUCUCCUCCAGAAAGCUGCAGGAGGACCAAGCAGAUAAUAGUACUACAAUUACAGGACACAAUGAGGUUGGAGAAGUGCUGGUUCUGUUCUUCAACUGUAUAUCCUGGGCACGGUAUUCAGUUUGUUCGUAAUGAUGCAAAGAUUUUUCGAUUUUGUAGAUCUAAAUGCCACAAGAACUUCAAAAUGAAGAGGAAUCCUCGCAAGGUGAAGUGGACUAAGGCCUAUAGGCGGUUGCGUGGAAAGGAUAUGACACAGGAUUCAACUUUUGAGUUUGAGAGGAAGAGAAAUAGGCCCGAGAGAUAUGAUAGGAAUCUUACAGAAAACACUCUCAAGGCCAUUAAGAAGAUUGAUAAGGUUAGAGUCGACAGAGAGGCCAAGCACCAUCAGAAGAGGAUGAAAAAGGACAAGAGACCCAAGAUAAACAUAGAUGCACAGGAAUUGAAACAGAGCCUCAACAUGGUCAAAGCUCCCGAUGCGCUUCGACAAGAUCUGUUGAAAAAAGUCCAGGUCCAAAAGCAAGUGGACCAAACCUAUGCAAUGGAGGAGUAAUUUUAUUAUUAGAUGCCAGUUUUCAAUGUCUUAAUUUUGGCCAGCUUCAGGUUGUAUCAAGCACCUAUCUGUGUUUUCUUGUUGUUUUAUUUUGCUUACAUUUCAUUCAGUACGUGGUUGAUGAUUUUAGUUAUGUUUUCUUGAACCUAUAUCUGGGAUAAACAUUGAUCAUUAAAUAUGUGAUAUAGAAGAGUUUUCAAAUCUGAAA